GGGUGGAACCCCCUUUCCGUAUGAACAUCAAGCUCGCUGUGUCUUUUCAGCAAUCACCACCUGCAGCGAAGAUAGAGUUGUUAAACACUCCCUUUUCAAGCUUCAUCAACUCGAACACUCUAAUUACUACUUUACCUCACCACCUUUUUGUAAUUUUCAAUAUAUCACCCUGUUGCAGCUUGUUUCAGUCUUACAGUUGUUGUCUACAUAAGAAAUCAUUAGUGGUUAUACUCUAGACUCAACAACAUAUAUUACAACCCCUCCUUCUUGCGAAGUCCAACAUGGAUGGUCAAGGCAACAAGCGCCCCAUCCCCCCUUCUGAUGUCCAAGGGAACGGCGACUCGCCAAAGAGAGUAAAAUCUAGGCCACCCACACCUCCGCCUGCGCCCACUCCCUCAACUAUGUCACCCAAGAGUGUGAAAUCCCCGGCCUCCCCUCAGCGACAGAACUCUCCCGAACAGCUCCCCAGCUGGAAAAGCCCCAUACCCUUUACACCCAUCAACGCUACCAAGGGCAAUGUCCACCCUACCGGACGGAGUCAUUCUUCUGCCACGAGCCAGACCGAUUUACAGGCCCGGGACAAUUCUAUGACUGCGCCGACACCAGCUCGGCCGAAAGGACCGCCUCAACAGCAAGAACAAUCUCAGCAGCAAGGUCAAUUUCAGCAGCGGGGACCACCUCAACGCAUGAUGCCACUUCCACAUCAGGGAGUACUUCAGCAGCUAGGACAGCCUCAACAACAAGGUCAAUUUCAGCAGCAGGGACCACCUCAGCACAUAAUACCAGUUCCACAGCAAGGUCAACUCCAUCACAGUCUAUCGUUACCCUCAUUUCGAAAUUUGCACAACCACCCCCAAGUCGCUUUUCCACAUCCUUACAACCAAAUUAUCGAAGUUCCGAGAAGAUUUGAGCCGAAUCGUCACGAACAACUAAUGCAGUUAGUGGCCACACAACCUUACCAACAACCUCACUAUUGGGAGGCGCAAGACACCAACAGGAUAGAAGCCGCCGUGCAAACCUACAGCCAGCAGAUCGACGAAAUACACAGAAGGCUAAACUCGCUGACGCUCCCGGGGCAACUCAGACCCGCUGCCAUUACGCACGCCAACUUUAUAGAGCAUCUCCAGAAUAUCGAUUUUCGCGAUCCGGAUAGCCUUCAAAACGCAUGGUACUUCCGCACCAAUACCUUGCGGGACUAUCAACUGUGCGCUCUGGAGAACGGGACAAAUUAUCACGUGCGACUCUUGCACCCUCCGGACCUGCCGGAACGGCCUUUUGCAUGCAGGCCUCCAGAACCCAGUGAUAUUGGCACCGGUAUUCGCACCGGUAUUCGCACGGUGGAUCCCAAGGUGAUUCCUUUCCAGUACUGCUUCAAAAUUUCGUACGGCAGACCUGCGCGCAUGGACGUACUACCCCUCGACGUGAUGCUCAUUGGUGAGGUGUAUGUGGAGAAGGAAAGGACGAGCUAGUACCCACGCCAUACCUUCUCCACGAACUACUACCUGGUCAUGGACUUCGGCAAAGUCGAAAGGCCCUUAUGGGUCUUGUAUAACCACGGGGUUUGGAGCCGGAACAUGGUCGCCAACGGUCCCCGCGAAGCCUCCUUAGCCGUUGGUGGCGAGCAUAUC